AUGUUGACGAAAGUGCUACACAUUGCAGGGGAGAUUUUCAUUGACAAUCAUAACAUCAAGGAUCUGGAUUUGAAGUUCCUCCGGAAGAAUAUUGGAGCAGUAUCCCAAGAACCAUCACUCUUUUCCGGUAACAUCAAGGAUAAUAUCAAAUUAGGAAACAUGGAUGCAAGCGAUCAACAGAUCCAUGAUGCAGCAACGAUGGCAAAUGCACAUACUUUCAUUUCUCAACUUCCGAAUCAGUACUCAACUGAGGUCGUCCACCUGGUAGGCCAAAGAGGAGUGCAGUUAUCAGGAGGGCAGAAACAAAGAAUUGCCAUAGCAAGAGCUAUUCUAAAGAACCCUCCAAUUCUUUUACUCGAUGAGGCAACAAGCGCACUUGAUUCAGAGUCGGAGAAACUGGUUCAAGAUGCACUGGAGAGGGCUAUGCAGGGCAGGACCGUUGUCCUAAUUGCACACCGGAUGUCAACCAUUGUCAAUGCCGAUAUAAUCGCAGUUGUGGAGAAUGGACAAGUUACAGAAACAGGAACUCACUCCAGCUUGUUAGACUCUAGCAAUUUCUAUAACAAUCUGUUCAGCAUUCAGAACAUCGGGCAGAUUCGGGGUUCGAGGACUACCGAAACUACUGAAGAAUCUGCCACUGCUGAUAAACAGUUUUCAACUCUAGACAUUGAGCUAAAAGAGGAAACAAGGGAACUCGAUGGACAUUGUACCGAAUCUUCGGAGCAAGUUGAACCGCAAAGGAGUGAAAACACGAGUUUGUUCUUCAGAAUUUGGUUUGGCUCAAGGAAACGUGAGCUUGCAAAUGUUGCUACUGGUUCUAUAGCUGCAGCUUUUGCUGGUGUUUCAAAGCCAUUUUUUGGAUUCUUCAUCAUAACUGUGGGAGUUGCAUACUACCAGAAAGAUGCAAAGCAGCUAGUCGGAAAGUAUUCGAUUAUCUUUGCACUUAUAGGAUUGCUAGCUUUAUUCAUGCACACCCUGCAGCAUUACUUUUACGGAGUGGUUGGAGAAAAGGCAAUGGCAAACCUCAGGAAAGCUUUAUAUUCAGGUAUACUACGUAAUGAAGUUGGUUGGUUUGAGAAACCAGAGAACAAUGUUGGUUCACUUACCUCAAGGGUCAUCAACGACACCUCAAUUGUCAAAACCAUUAUUUCCGAUAGGAUGUCCGUUAUCGUCCAGUGUAUUUCUUCGAUACUGAUUGCAACAGUAGUUAGCAUGGUUGUUAACUGGAGAAUGGCACUAGUAGCUUGGGCAGUGAUGCCUUGCCACUUCAUUGGUGGACUCAUUCAGGCCAAAUCAGCCAAAGGAUUCGCAAGCGACUCGGCUGCUACUCACCGUGAAGUUGUUGCCCUUGCAUCUGAAUCCGCAGCCAACAUACGAACCAUAGCAUCAUUUUGCCAUGAAGAACACAUACUAAGGAAAGCUAGAAUCUCCCUGGAAAAGCCAAUGAAAAGGAGCAUGAAAGAAAGCAUCAAAUAUGGCAUCAUUCAAGGCUUUUCCCUUUGUUUAUGGAACAUAGCUCAUGCUGUCGCAUUAUGGUACACAACAAUUUUGGUCGAUAGGAAACAAGCAAGUUUCGAAAAUGGUAUUAGAGCAUACCAAAUUUUCUCCCUCACAGUACCUUCAAUCACUGAACUAUGGACAUUGAUCCCUUCAGUCAUUUCAGCAAUUAACGUACUAACGCCAGCAUUUGAAACCCUCGACCGGAGAACCGAAAUCGAACCUGAAAAACCGGAAGAUUUGCAGCUUGAGAGGAUCAAAGGAAAGAUCGAGUUCCAAAACGUUAAAUUCAACUAUCCAUUAAGGCCAGAAGUGAUUGUCCUCAACAACUUCAGUUUACAAAUUGAACCAGGAGCAAAAGUAGCCAUUGUUGGACCAAGUGGAGCUGGUAAAUCCUCAGUGUUAGCCAUUUUACUAAUGUUUUACGUUCCAUUGGAAGGAAGGGUUCUUAUUGACGACAAAAACAUAAAGGAAUACAAUCUAAAGAUGUUGAGGAAACAAAUCGGAUUAGUACAACAAGAGCCACUUCUUUUCAGUUCUUCCAUUAGAAACAACAUCUGUUACGGAACCGAACAAGCUUCAGAAACCGAAAUAAUGGAGGUAUCAAGACAAGCAAACAUACAUGAAUUCAUAAGCAAUUUACCGGAUGGAUACGACACGGUUGUCGGCGAAAAAGGGUGUCAACUUUCCGGCGGGCAAAAGCAAAGGAUCGCCAUUGCUCGAACCUUGCUAAAGAAACCUGCAAUCUUGCUUAUGGAUGAAGCAACGAGUGCGCUGGAUGGUGAGUCGGAAAGGAUCAUUGUAAAGGCCCUGGAAUCAUUGAAUCAAAAGGGUAAUGAUGGGUUAGUGAGUAGAAUCACGCGGAUUACAGUGGCUCAUAGAUUAUCGACGAUUAUAAGCUCGGAUUUGAUUGUGGUUAUGGAUAGAGGAGAGAUUGUUGAGAGUGGGUCUCACUCAACGUUGAUAUCAAUAUCCGAGGGAGUGUAUUCGAGAUUAUGUAAUCUCCAGAAUGCAAUGGAAAUGUAA